ACCAAAUUUCCCCCAUUCGUAUAUUAAAUAUAAUGGCUUAAACCCUUUUGUUGAUUUGAUUAAUUGUUUGAUAUUUAACAAUUUCUCGAAAAAAAAAUUCUCUUCCUCCUUCAUCAGACAACAACGUUUGAUGAAGAGGAAGAUGGACCUCUUGUAAGAAAACAACAAUGGAAUAGAGAUUUGUAUAACAAAUCUUCAAUAGAAGAAUUAAUUUUAUUUGAAAAAACAGAAAAAAAAAAACAAUAUUUUGUCCAAAUUUGUUAUAAUUAAAAUUCCAGCUAUGUUUUCGUCAGCUGGAUCAUUCAAAAGGUAUACAGAUAUGAAGAAUCAGGACGACGAGUUAGAAGCUGGAAGGAGGAUUGCAAAUGAUGCAACCCAUCUGGAUCAUUUCACCCAUGAAAUUGACCUGAGCAAAGAAGAUUUGAAAACCAUUGAGAAACUCAGGAAAAAACUCAAUGAUAGCAAUGAACAAGCCAGAACAAUCCAGCGUGCUUCCAAAAUGAGGGAGCUGAAAUUCGACAUGGAAACCGAUCUCGAUCAGGUUUUGAAGCUUGCCAAAAACAUCAUCCACAGGAUUGAAGGGUUAGACAGAUUGUUAAACAAUAAUAACAACAAUAACAAUCCGCCUGAAAGGAGGCUUUCUUCGGCUACAGGGCCAUCCAUUGAAAGAACCCGGAUUUCUCUGAUUAUGGGGAUUGGCAAAAAGCUGAGGGAAGUGAUGGAUGAGUUUCAAGGGCUAAGAGUUAGACUCGCAGCUGUUUACAAAGAAACUGUGGAAAACAGAUAUUUCUGCAUUGCUGGAGAGAAGAAAUUCAUCGAGACGAUUGAGAAUCUGGCGGCGAAUGGAGAACUCGAGGACAGUUUAAGCGACGCGAUUCAGGAACACGGGAGGGAUCGGGUGGUUGAUUUUGUGGAUGAGAUUCAUGAGAGACGAGAAGGGUCUAAGAAUAUGCAGAGGAAUUUGGUUGAACUUCAUCAGAUGUUUUUGGAUAUGACUUCACUUGUUGAGACACAGGCUCACAAAUCCGCCAACGGGAAUGGGAAUGGGAAUGGCACUGGGAAUGGAAAUGGGGAUCAUCAAAUGGUUCGUGGGAAUUCGUUUUUGAAACCAGCCGGGGCGGCUCAGUUGCAAGAUCAACAAAUGGAUUAUGAUGGGGAAGCCAAGAGGAGGGCUACAAUCGGUUUGGUGCUGGCUGUUUUCCUGGUUUUCAUGAUCAUUAUUCCUCUUUUCGUUGCCGAAUCCAAUAGAGACAUGGAAUAAUAGGGAGAUGAUCGAUCUUCUAUCUCAACUUUUGUGUGCCAGUUAAUUAUGUCCCGUCGAUGAAACAUGUCGUUUCAAUAAUCGAUACUAUGCAUUAUUAAAUUAACAACAUGCACAUGUGUCCUCAAGCUUUCAUAAGCAUAUCACCUAUUGUUUCACCGC